UGAACCGCUAUAAGCUUAAGGGUGGAAAUUGAAGUUAGAGGACGAGAAUCUCUCUUCAUCAACAACAAGAAGACAGGUUGAGAUUUCUGUUUGUCGCUAGUAAGGAACAGGACCAACUUGUUUUGGAAUCUCUGCAUCUCUCUUCUUUGUCUAUUUCUGCAAAUCUGGAUCAGAAUUUGAGAGGCUACAAAUUGGAGCUCGAAAAAGGAAGAAACUUACGGCAUCACAUGACGUCAGCCCACACGUAUAUCAUCUCGGAACCAUCUGGGCAGUGUCCAACUCGCACAAAAAUCCUCUGCAAUCUUAAGAACGUGUCUUCCAAGAUUUCACAUUUCUCGUCUAUAAAUAUGAGACUCUCGGCAAAUUUACAAUAAAACGAAGAAACCCUCCUCAUUUUUUCUCUCUCUAUCUCCCUCUUGUAAUCUCUGAAGCAUUUUAUCGAACAGAAUGUGUCCUUCCGGCAGAACCUCAAGCUGGGAAUCCCAUUGGGUGUCUUUGGAUUUCCGGCCAGCAUUCGACUUAUUGGACGUGGACAGGGAUGGGAAGAUCAGUUUAGAAGAUCUCCGGAAGUUCUAUUCAAGCUUCUUCUCUGGUGUUACCAGCGAUGAGGAUAUUGGUUCCAUGAUAUCGGUGGCAGAUUCCAACAAAGAUGGCUUCGUCGAAUACGAGGAGUUCGAGCGAGUUCUAGUCCCUUCGCAAUCCCAAUUGGGUGGUGGGGAUAACUAUGUGAUGGAGGAUAUGUUUAGGAUCAUGGAUAGCGAUGGCGACGGCAAGGUUGGGUUCGAUGAUAUCAGGACUUACUUGAAGUCCGCCGGAUUCCAGGCUGGUGACGAGGAUGUCAGGGCCAUGAUUAAAUUGGGCGGUGGAGAUGACCGUAAUGGAAUUUCUUUCGAUGGUCUGCGCAAGAUAUUGAACCUCGAUCUCGCCGGAGAGUAAGCUGCUCCGUCGCUGCCGCCAUCGGAGGAGUUAGCGGCGGUCAACAAAGAUGGCUCUUUUUUAUCAUUAUUUUUUUUAAAUAUUGAAAUUUUGUAUGUUUGGAUUUUUCCACCGACCAUGUCCCAUGAGGGCCUGAUGCCAUGACAUAAAUGAAAAAGGCCAAGAAAAGGGGAAAAAAAAAAUCUAAAAUGAGUUUCGGAUUUUUUUUUUUUUUUUUUUUGUUGCAACCGACAUGCCAUAAUCAGUGCCUAUGGGUAUGGUAUACCCUCACAUGUGUGUUUGUGGUUUAUUUGUCCUCGUAACAUCACUCAACAAAUGUAGAAAAAAAGUUGUUUUUAUGUACAUUGUAGACCAUACCCUGUUUGAUUCAAUUUGAAAUAUUAGAGUUUGAAUCAGGUCUCGUACAAGAACUAUAGUGUUUGAUCCAUGUCUGGAAUCCACUCAUAUAUGUAAGAUGUCUAAUCUAUACUUGAAAUCCACUAUCAUAAAUGAAGUGAAGAGAUUACAGCAAAUCAUGUUCACUAAGACAUGACCCAAAAUUGGAUCUUGAUGUAUUUGAGAUUGUUCCUUUUUAAUAGUAAUAAAAAUUGUUUUCUUUGUUU